UCCCUUCCCCGCGAGAUCGUUGACAUCAUCGUUUCACGGUAAAGUUAUUUUUCUCGGGCGUAAUCAGUCUCUUGUGAGUCAGCUACAACAGUUUGAUUACAAAUAUCGCCAUGGACUCACUCUUUGGCAACAGAAGAAUCUCACUGAGCGCUUUGAAGGAUUUUUCGAAACUUGACAAUCCAACCCGUCACCAUCUGAAGAAUGUGUACUCAUGUUUGGCGGCAUCCAUGAUGGCAGCUGCUGUUGGCAGCUCUGUCCAUCUUUUUACCUCUAUCCUAAAGGGUGGCUUCCUAUCUGGCAUUGCUUCCCUUGGCUUGUUGAUUGCACUUGCUGUUACCCCAAACAAUGGCAAGAACCAGAGCAAAAGAUUUGGUAUUCUGAUGGGAUUUGCACUUUGCUGUGGUCUAAGUCUUGGGCCCCUGAUGGACCUGGUCAUUGAGGUUGAUCCCAGCAUUGUUGUGACUGCUUUCUUUGCGACUGUGAUGAUCUUUGCCUGCUUCACCGUCAGUGCUCUGUGGGCUGAGCAGCGAAGUGUGCUAUAUCUUGGUGGCACCUUGGCGUCCGGUCUCUCCAUUCUUCUGCUCUUGGGAUUUGUGAAUAUUUUUGUCGGCUCCUUCUUUAUCUAUCAGCUUCAUUUGUAUGGUGGUCUCUUGCUGUUCUGUGGAUUUGUCAUGUACGACACUCAGCUGAUUGUGGAGAAGCACCGUAACGGGGACAAGGAUUUUAUUUGGCAUUCAGUGGACCUGUUUUUGGACUUCAUUAACAUUUUCCGCCGCAUCAUGAUCAUCCUUGCACAGAACAAGGAGUCAAAGAAGAAGAGAAAUUGAAUGGAUUGAGAGAAGGUUUAAGGAGUGAGCUACUUUUAAGUUUAAAGAGAACACGUGCGAUGAAGGCAUUGCAUAAAAUUCAUAAACUGAGAUGUGCAUAGGUCAUUAUAAUUUGAUUUUAUAUGUUUGUUUGGCAUUAUCGUUAGUUUAGUACAGAAGAACGCCGAGCUGUGUUAGUGGCUUACAACUAUUAUACCAAUGUUGUAUUGAAUAAACUGUAUAUCGUUUUGUGACUUGUUAUACUAAAUAUAAAUACCUAAAAGGA